CAAAACACAAAGGUAAACCAGACCCAACCAGCUUUGGUUGGACCUCAAGAACCAAUGUAGCUACAAGCUCACGAUCAUAGAUUUGCAGUUGCAGACCAAAAACGAAACAUAAACAGCAAACAAAAACCCAUCAAAAAUCAUGCUCGCAUCUUCAACUAUUACUAUUAGUAGGGCUUUCACUCUCACCUUCAAAUUCUCCCUUUCAAUUCCAUCUCUUUUACAUUCCUCCACCAAAACCCACAUGGACUCUCCACCUAGAAGCCUUCUGGUGGGCUCUGCUUCUCGUUCACCGCCGCGAGAAGUACUUGUCCAAGACACCGGUGAUGGUUUCAUCACAUUGCAGGAAUGGCAGGGCUGGGGGACUGUGUCUCCGGUUCCAGUUAUGGUUAGCCAAAUUGUUCACGAUUUGAAGUCUUUGGAGAAAAAUAUCGAUGCCCAGAUGAGCUUUGCUGGCAAUGGUGGCAAGCUCCAGGGAGAUUUUAAGGUUCAAGAGGAUAAGAAACACAGAGCAACAUAUGAGGCUUUAGGUGAUUCUGAAAAGAAGCUUCAGUUUUUUGCAUCUCGACAAAUAGCAUGCCGUCUACUUGGAAGUAGGGGUUACCUUUGCCAGAAGUGCUGGCUUGCUAUGGAAGAUUGUAUGUGUUCAAAAGUCAAGCCUUGCAGUCUAUGGCAUGGUAUGCGGUUUUGGGUGUACAUGCAUCCGAAGGACUUUCUACGCCAGAACAAUACUGGAAAGUUGUUAUGGCAAUUAUUUGGAGUUCAAGCAGCAACUUUGUGCCUCUUUGGCAUUGCUGAAGACGAGGAAAUCAUGUGGAAUGCAUUUAAGUGUGCAGGAAAAAACAAGGUUUGGUGUCUUUAUCCCAACAAGAAUGCAGUGACAGAGUGUUGUAAUUCUCAUUUUGGUUUGACUGUACAGACUGCUGGAGAUAAAACUUUGAAUUUUGUUUUGAUUGAUGGUACAUGGAGCAACUCGGCAGCAAUGUUCAAUCGUUUAAAGGAGCAAGCCAAGUCAGUUUGGGGGGAGGAAAAAUUUCCAUGCAUAUCUCUAACCAUGGGUGCAUCUGCAAUGCAUAAACUUCGGCCUCAACCCUCCUGGGAUCGUACCUGUACUGCAGCAGCAGCCAUAGGCCUUCUCUCUGAGCUGCAACUCCUGCCUGAGUUCAGUUUGCAUGGGUUCGAUGAAAAAGCUGAUGCAGUGGAGGAUGCAUUGGUGGUUUUGUUAGAAGCGCUGACAAGUAGAAGGCUUCGAAUGGGCAGGUCAGUCACUCGUAAAGUAAGACAUAACAGGGACAUCUGUUAGCCAGCAAAGCUAAUACUACUCGGCAACACGAGUUAUCAGUUAUACUUAACUCCCCAAGUCGGAUAAAAAUAUGGAGUUUUAACCCCACAGUUUUUGGAAUUACACUAAUCCCUUCUGUAACACAUGUUAGACUAACAAUUUUUUCAAAGUGUUAAUCUCACCAGUUGAUGACUCACGAAUGGAUGUCAUCCUUUUUGUUGGAUCAAUUUUUUAUUGAUGAAAGGUCAAUGGUUGAGUCAUUCUUCGGUUUAAGUUGUGGGUGGGUGGCAUUCACAAAUCCAUUUGUCAUUCUAAUCC